AUGUUAAAAAUUUGUUUGAUUAUCUUCACGAUCUUAUCCGUGAUCUAUUUAACAUUGUCCAAUCCUGUCAAUAGUGGUAGUACAUAUGGAUGUGGACCGAUGGGUAUCAAUAUUGACCAAGGUCUCAAUCAAAUUGAUCGAGAAGAGAUCAUACCAUGCUGUGUUGCUCACGACAUAUGCUAUCGUAACUGUUCAAUGUCUCGAUUCCAGUGCGAUUGUGAUUUCUACAAAUGUAUUAAAAACCAAUGUGAAAACAAGUUACCCUACGAUUGCGCAGUUUUUGCAAUAAAUUUUUAUACACUAGUCCGAACUGGAGGCAUAUCAUCGUACCAACGUGAUCAAAGAAGUAACUGUCCAUCAAACUCUUUUUUCGAGACCUUUUGGAACAAAGAAAACAUUGAAAAAGAACUAAAAUCAUGUCUAUUUUCAUAA